AUGGCGAACCACGUCCCCUCAAGUUUACCCUUAAUAGCACCAAUGGCCCUCGAAUUUGAAGAAUUCUCUUGCAUGGGCGCUGAUGGAUCGAUCCGCUUACGAAACAUCUCCGAAGAUGACAGAAGGGCAUUAGACAUCUACCUCAGCGGUCAUUUUAACGUUGCAAUCGUAGACUACUCUGAGCCGAGAGUGGGGUCUUGGGGGGUAGCUCAGAUCGAGGACCCAGCCAUCGUGGAGGCGCUAAAAGAACGCACAAUCCCACCCGACGACGUCAUCCUCUUCCUCGCAGAUCAUGUGUUUCCCGAUUGCGAAGCAUUGUCCUUUAUGUGGAAAGCAUUGGUCGUUGAACUGCCCAAAACGAGCGACGAGGAGUUCGCAGCACGCUUUGAAAGCUGUCCUGGGCGUAUUGAAGGCGUGGAUCAGUUCUUGCAAUACCACAAUGGUCCCCUUCCAAACAUGGAAAGACGGAGGCGAAUCGCCUCUCCAAACGGGGCAGUCUUAGACAAGCUUGUCGCCGACAAGACCGACUACCUCUAA